AUGAACUUCUGGAAAUUAGCCAAGAUCGAAGAAUUACUACCUGGAAGAGAUGGAACAAUAAGAUCUGCUGCUGUGAAAGUGGCUAACGACACAAGAAAACCCGUUUUGUUAAAGAGAGUCAUACAACAACUUAUUCCCAUCGAAGUGCGAUCCGACGAAGCAACAAUAAUGGACGAAGGUGAAGAAGAAAAGAACGGGACUACGACUGGCAAUGAAGAGAAACUGAAUCAUCGACCUCGUCGAACAACUGCCAUCCCAGGAGAAGCAAGAAGGAGAUCUUCAAAUAUGAAGUAACUUUAAUAUGUGACUCUUACUCAGGCCGAUUAAUGCCUGGCUCUUGUUGGCUCUGCCCACGCUGACUUGAUAUGUCCGCGCGAGUUGCGCGCGCGAUUCAACAUAUCCAGCGUGUUGCCGUUUGACUGCGUUUUGCCGUUCGAAUGAAACUGAAAUUUAAUAACUAUGAGCUGUUGGAUUAUUUUAUAUUAUGUUAGAUUAUAGCAACCAGCAGGGAUGAGUAAAUUAUCAGUUUUUCUUGUACAAUUGGCCGUUGUAUAGUAUAAUAUAUCAUAUUAUGCGAUAUGCGGCGACCUUUGAACUUUGAUAUAUAACGCUAUUGCGGGAUUUUAUGUCUCAAUUAUUCAACAUCGAUUUGUGCUUCCUCUUUAGUUUCCCAAUCACAGAAAAAUAUUUGAAAUACAAAUAAGUACUCAGCAUAUGGAUCGUUCAAACUUUUUGGGGUGGUGUUGUUUAGGUGUGACAUAUUUCUCUUAAAAACUUGAGGACGCAAUAAAUGUUGUUGUUGAAAUAUAAUAUCCUUUCAUAUAAAGACUCAGACUCCUGUCGAAUAUUCUCUCAAUAUAUAAACGAAGAUAUGUAAUUAUCAUAUUGUACUUCUGUACACAUUUUUCUCUCUGUUCCUCGCAUAUUAUUUGAAUACACUACUUACUAGUUGUAAAUGAUUUAUCAGUCAUUGUGUAUUUGUAUUUCAUAAUAUUUUGUUUCACGACAGGGGCUUAUAUUAAUGAUAAUGGCGAGCGCGAAUUCAUCACGCAAAAAACGCUUUGGACUUGCCGACUUACAAGACAACGUUAAUGUCGGUCGCUAAUACGUAGAUUUUGUCCAGAGUACAGCCAAUUUUGGUCCUACAAUUAGAUUUGUAAGCAUUGUAAUCUGGAACGAUCGUUUUAGUGGAAAUUAUAUUGACAUUGUGCGAGACAUUGUUGUAAUCACAGCAAUAUUUUCAUAUCAGUGGCAUAAUCUUUAAGUUCCGAAUUACCACAUUGCAGUAUAAGAGUAAAAGGUUCCGUGAUAAUAUUUUUGCACAUAUCCAUGAAUGUUUAGUAAGUCGGCAAGCCGUGUUUAUAAACAUCAAGUUAAUUUCCAUUAUCACCGCCUAUAUCUUGUCACGUGACCAGUUUCCAUGGAACCCAAAUAGUUAAAAAAUAUCGGCAGUUGAUUUUCAACAUCUCACCCAUAAAUAAGGGUCGUAGUGUAUUCUGUUAAUUUUUAAUUAAUUUUUAAAGAUUAUUUUUAUUUUCCCACUCCUUACGAAAUUGGAGCCAGGCAUUAAUGCACCUGAGUAACAUUUUAUAUUUCUGUUUAUUAUCGAAUUUCACUACAAAAGAAAGUAUAGGGAUAUAGGAACUGAAACAGUUAUGUGAACUUUGAUCACCAAAGGUGAUCAACCUCGGGCAGUGUCAUAAAUGUUUAAUAUAUUACUAUACUAACCGGAAGUAUUAACAUAUUUGUUGACAUUUUAUAGCUAGCGCUACUAACCACACCUUAAACGUGACAUGUAAUAUAAGUUGUUUUUCGUAAUAUAUAUUUAUAGACUACAAAAUGGUGUCGAAUUCGAAUGUUUAUUACAUCAUAUCCACAAACGUUGACAGUGAAAAAGUUGCCCAAGAUGGGAUUUUUUAUUAUGACUAAAACUGUCUGUACCAGUGUUGGUAGUACCAAUGUGAAAAUGCUGUGCUGAGUGGUUAUAUUACUACCUUAAAAAUAAGCAGAAACUCGACCUUUCGAGCGAAGGCCCUUCGUCAAGAGUUACAUUUCUUCGAAUAUUACAUUUCUUCGAAUAUUACAUUUCUUCGAAUCUUAAAUUUCUUCGAAUAUUACAUUUCUUCUUACAUUUCUUCGAAUAUUACAUUUCUUCGAAUAUUACAUUUCUUCGAAUAUUACAUUUCUUCGAAUGACUCAAAUAUAAUUAUAUUACACACAAAAAAAAUCGUAUUUGUGUUAGUCACAGUUUCACUUUGUUUUCCCAAGAGUUUCGCACGAAGUCGAAAGAAAAACCAACAACAUUCAUACAACAAUUGUAUUUGAUGACAAAAACUCUAUAGUGGAAACGAGUUUAAAAUUAAACGAGCCAUUGCAGAUGGUUUUAGAAGCAUAACCUGUUGCCUGUUGUGUAUUUUUCUUCACUUUUGCGUUCUUUAUUUGAACACAAACUGGUAAAAUCGUAGUUUAUAAAAUUAAAUCAAUCUAAAAUUUGUGUUUCCUUUAUUGUUAAAAUAGGGGCACGUCCAGAACGCCAUAUUUUAGCCUAAUUUACAACCCGGCGAAGAAUUGCAUUUUCCUUGUUCAGGUAUGACAUAUACGUCUUAUAUGCCGGGCAUUGACUUUCAUGAUUACAAGAUAAUCAUUUUUACCGAACAAUUUUGUAGUCACCUGCGUCGAACCCAGAGAACAGCGCUUAUGAACUUCAUGCUGUGCCUAAAGACUUUGAUAGCAGCAGUCCUGAGGGUAAGACAUGUUUAAACUAACUUUAUUUAUACUGGAUAGCUUUAUCAGUUUUAAACUGUUCUUCUUAGAGGUCCAGUAAGGAUAAUCUCUUAUUGAUUCUGUGUUAUUGCAGGAGGAAAACUAAACUGUCAUGAAUUUCGCUAGCACUUGAAAAAGUUGCAUAACUUGCUGCAUGGUUAAAUGAAUUUCUUGUAUUUGUAGUGUCGGGCGGCAAGCGUUCAGCGGGUAUCACUGCUGUUUGGGUUGCUAGAAACAGAUUUGCUGUCUUGGACAAGACACAUACGGUAUGGAAUAUUGCAGAAAAUUCAACAUGGGGUAGACAUACCUAAGAUUUUUUCGAAGUUCAUGUUACUUCAAAGUUGCGCUAUUAACCCAUUAAGAUGCGUGCUACACACGUAAAAAUCUCGCAUCUUAUAGCAAGUCUGCCAAUGAUAUAACAAGAAUGUUACAAGGUUGUUCUAACAAGUGUGAUACAGUCAUGAUAUAACAAGAAUGUUACAAGGUAGUUCUAACAGGUGUGAUACAGUCAUGAUAUAACAAGAAUGUGACAAGGUUGUUCUAACAAGUGUGAUACAGUCAUGAUAUAACAAGAAUGUUACAAAGUUGUUCUAACAGGUGUGAUACAGUCAUGAUAUAACAAGAAUGUGACAAGGUUGUUCUAACAAGUGUGAUACAGUCAUGAUAUAACAAGAAUGUUACAAAGUUGUUCUAACAAGUCUGAUACAGUCAGGAUAUAACAAGAAUGUUACAAAGUUGUUCUAACAAGUCUGAUACAGUCAUGAUAUAGCAAGAAUGUUACAAGGUUGUUCUAACAAGUGUGAUACAGUCAUGAUAAAACAAGAAUGUUACAAAGUUGUUCUAACAAGUGUGAUACAGUCAGGAUAUAACAAGAAUGUUACAAAGUUGUUCUGACAAGUCUGAUACAGUCAUGAUAUAACAAGAAUGUUACAAGGUUGGUGACACAAGGUUGAUGACACAAGAUUGUAACAAUAUUGCUAUAUCAUGAAUGUAUCGGACUUGUUGGGACAACCUUGCAAAACUCUGAUAAUAUCCACAAGCUUGUUACAACCGUUAACAAGUUGUUCCGUAUUUGUUGACAGCUUGGGAGAAGCAGUGCGAACACAAUUUGUUGACGACUUGUCGGCAGACUUGCUAGAAGAUGUGAGAUUUUUGCGUGUGUCCUUUAUUUUUUUUACUCUGCAUAAGGCAUUGAAAUGAAUAUAACUGGAACGCCUUUCUUAAAGUGUGUAUGACAUGAAAUUUCUUAUCUUCUUAAAUGAACGAACUCUUUAAGCUGUAGUGUAACUUAUUUUUCAGUUUCUUGUUUUUGUUGCAUGCCCAUAUAUGGCAUGCAACUAUCAUAUAGCUUAAAAUUCGUCUCCGUUGUUGUUGUCGUUGAAACUUGCGGCAGAUCACAAGAAAUUUGAGAUAAUACGACGAAUACCGAGUUAUACGGACAAGCAUUUAUGAGUUUUAUAUUAUUACAACAACGUGGAAUUUGAGCUGAAAAUCCGCUUUCGAGAGUCGCCUUUAAUAAACAAAAGUAGAUCGAGGUAAGUUUAAAAGUUUGGCUGCUUUUGGAGCCGUUGUGCUCGCAGGGCUAUUAGCGUGAAAGGCCACGCUCUCAAAAUACUCAAACUGAACGGAGCCAUUGUGCUCGCACUGAUUAUUUACCAGGGCUAUUUUAAUAGCGUGAAAGGCCACGCUCUCAAAAUACUCAAGUUGAAACGGAGCCAUUGUGCUCGCACUGAUUAUUUAUCAGGGCGCUAUUAGGAAAGGCCACGCUCUCAAAUUGAACCUUGCCAUUGUGCAGGUAUAAAAAAGCAGCCCAUUGCCAUUGUGCUGGGAUUAUUGAGACUUUGCCAUUGUGCAAUUUUAAAACAAUUACAAAUACAAACUGUCAAAGACAAUACUGAAAGUAUACAAACUACAGUACACUAGUUAUUGACAAUUUAAUACUGUAACGAAACUAUAUUAAUUAUUCCAAACAGUGAGAAUACCAUAUGGGUGUGCCAAUUGAGAUAUACCAAGCAAGAAUUGGUUCGCAUAACAAUUUUGUGCAAGGACGACAGUGUAUGAAUCAAAUGAAAGGUAAAUUUUGGAACCAUAUGUUAGUAAUGUUCUACUUAGAAAUAUUUUAUUUACCAUGCUUGAAAAUUCUAGUUGCAAAGAUUGAAAGUAAUAAAUGAAGUUUGCAUGUGGUAUACACAGAUGGUAUCUUAUCAUGUUUAUGUGCAAUUGCUAUUGAGGCUUGCAAAUGAUGUAGAGGAAAAUCCAGGCCCAAUUAAUAUCCAUGAUAUUGUUGAUCAUAGUUUUACGGUUCGAGCAGAUUUCAACCAAG